AUGCAUGACGAGCACCCCUACAAGCGCACCCUCCCCAGCAGCGGCAGCGCGAACAUCCUGGGCGGCGGGGACAGGAGCGGCCGUGGCACCGGGAGCGGCGGCGGCGGCGGCGGCGGGGCAGCCAUCAUCGCUGACGCCUCUGCUGCGCAGCUUCGGCAGUUGCAGGCGCAACAGCAGCGGCAGCAGCAGCUACAGCAGCAGCAGCAGCAGCAGCAGCAGCAGCAGCAGCAGCAGCAGCAGCCCCGGCCGAAGGCGGCGGGCUCGCCCCCUGCAGCCACUGCGGCCCGCGCGCCCGAAGGCGACGGCGCCGCCUCGCUGUGGGACCCCGGCGCCGCCGGAGGCGGGGGCGCUGUGGCCCCGGCCGCGGCCGCGCAGCGCUCGUUGGACGGGGCGGGGCUGCCGGUGCUGGAGCUGUCUGUUCUCACUGGGCCGGCGGCGGGGGCGGCGUUCUCUGCAGGGGGAGACAGCUUGGAGCUCGUCAUUGGUCGCCACCCGGGCUGCAGCGCAUGCAUCCCGGACCCGGAGAUAUCCAGUCGCCACGCAGUGCUGGCGUGGAGCCAAGAAGACCAGCUGUGGACACUGGUGAGGCGCCCGCCCCCUCAAACCCCCUUUUAA